GAGAGAAGCCCUUCACCUGUACGUCCUGCGAUGCGCGGUUUGCUCAGAAGUGUCAGCUGGUCUAUCACUGCCGCAUGCAUCAUGGAGAAGAGAAGCCGUAUAAAUGUGAAUUCUGUGGAGCAGCUUUUGCCACAUCUAGCAAUCUGAAAAUUCACAUACGGAAGCACAGUGGUGAGAAGCCGUAUGAAUGUGGAGAAUGUGGGAAGCGCUUCACUCAGGCCAGCACUCUAAUGUAUCACAAGCGGCGACACACUGGAGAAAAACCAUACAUCUGUGACACCUGCGGCAUGGCCUUCGCGGUGUCCAGCUCACUCAUCGCACACAACAGGAAACACACGGGUGUGACUCCGUAUAUAUGCUUGGAUUGCGGAAAGCCUUGCCUAACUGCAGGUGAACUUCGGAAACAUAUGGAUGUCCACAAUGGAGCAAGAAAAGUAAUUUGUAAUCUGUGUGGAAUCAUAUUUUCAGACAUAUACAGCUUGAAGAAGCACAGCAUCUUGAAACACAAUGUCGUUCCAGAACUAGAGACGACUCAGACUUCCAAAACCGACCCGACGCAGUGUCCCCUCAACAUCCCGAUUGACCAUCAGGGCCUGAUCGCGCGUGUUCGUUCAGCUCUUGUCGAUUCACAAGACCACGAAAUUCAGAUGGAGCCUCCACUGCCUAUAUUGCCUCCAGAAACGUCUCUCAUCAUCCAGCAGUCGGCAGAGCCUCAGAUGAUCAUCCAACAUGCAGACGGCAGCGAGCCCUCUAUGAUCUUCCAGCACGCAGAGGCAUCUGAAGCUCCAAUGCUCAUCCAGCACGGAGAACCCGGAGAGCAGGUGAGCUACGUGGUGGAGCAGUACGAGAUCCCAGCCACCGCCGAGAUGGAGCACACGCAGAUCGUCAUCGUUCAGACCAUCGAUUAAAUAAAUAAACGUCAGCUUUUACUUCCGUUUUAAA